AUGAACCUCUUCCGACUGCUGGGGGAUUUAUCCCACCUGCUAUCCAUCCUGAUUCUGCUGCACAAGAUGAAGGUGUCGAGUAGCGCAUCUGGUAUCUCGUUCAAGUCGCAAUUCCUCUACCUGAUCGUCUACCUCACGCGUUACGUCGACCUCCUCUGGACCUUCUACGAACCCAAGUCGCUCUACAACACCAUCUUCAAAAUCAUCUUCAUCAGCACUUCGGCCUACACCGUCUACCUCAUGCUCAACGACUACAAGCCGACACACGACCCAAAUCUAGACACGUUCAAGGUGCAAUACCUGCUGGGCGCGAGCGCAGUGCUGGCGAUACUGUUUCCCUACAAAUACACAUUCACGGAGAUACUCUGGGCUUUCUCCAUCUGGCUAGAAUCGGUUGCCAUCUUGCCGCAGCUGUUCAUGCUGCAGAGGACGGGUGAGGCGGAGACAAUUACGACGCACUACCUCUUUGCGCUGGGUGCUUACAGGGCUCUGUACAUCCCCAACUGGAUCUACCGUUACAUUCGCGAGGUGCCCAAGUUCUACGAUCCCAUUGCAGUGAUUGCGGGUGUCAUCCAGACUAUUUUGUACUCUGACUUCUUCUACAUUUACUACACAAAGGUCAUCCAAGGCAAGAAGUUCAACCUGCCCGUAUAG